AUGGGGAAAAAAGGAGAUCUAAAGAAGUAUAAUGCACAAUUAGUGGCCAAAGGCUUCUCCCAGGUUCCCGGAGUAGAUUUCACAAAUACAUUUUUGCCUGUAAUAAGGCAAGAAAUUCUCAGAAUUAUGUUAUUCAUUGCAGUAAAAAAAACUGGGAAAUACAACAAACAUCUGAACAAGUUCAUAAGCUUGAUGAACGGUUGGUAA